AAGCUCGGAUUGGCUUUGACCUAGGUCUCGCACAGCCGAGCGUCUGGUUGAACGAGACUAGCUUUGACCCCCAAUAUAAAGAUGUCGGGGGAACGAGCCUGGGACCCCUGGAAGACCUUUAAGCUGUCUGAUGCAGAGCGUGAUUUAAUUGACAGACGUCGACAAACGAAGGACAGAUUUAGAAUAGAAUUCAACAAAAUAUAUACCGACCCCCGAAAAGAUUACGUUCUGGAUCAUAACUUCGAAAGAUGGCAUGCCUAUAGAAACAAUCAUUUACAGCUAAUGAAUAUAUGGCAUAAAUCCAACGUUAUUGGAGGGCUUCUGUACUGUACAAUUCCUUGUAUCACUAUCGCUGUAUUAUGGAAAAGAGCUGUGGACAAGAGAGACAGACAGAUUAUGAGCGGUGAAUUGACUUGGAGAGAUAGAAUACGAGGCAUCGGUGUUCUUGGUACAACAACAUAAGCCUGGUUAUCGCUGAACCCUCAAUAUCCGCCAUCUUUGACUUUAAAUCAACAUGUUAUACGAUCUGUGUUACUAGGUGUCAUUGAAAAUCAAUGUUUAAAAAGCAUUCAGAAAAUAAAAAAAGUUAUGUGUGUUGUA